UCAGUCUGAGGAGUUCGAUCCAAAAGACCAUUUAGAAUUAGAGGUACCAAUCAGUAAUCUCAUCUCAUCACUUCUCUGAUUCAAUUCCUCUUCUUAUUAUCUUCUACUAAAUCGUCUCUUGUAAUGGUGGAUUCGAUUUUGUAACGAGUCGAAAAAAAAAAGGAAAACAAAAAAAAAAAAUCAGAAGAUGACAAGUAGAGAAAAACUGGUUUCUUCGUUGAGUUGAACAAGGGGACAUGUAAAUCUAUCACUAGAGGCGAUUUAGCUUCUCGUUCGUCUUCAAUCUCGUAAAGAAUAGGAAGCAUCUCCAAAAGCAAAUUGUAGAACAUGAAUCUUCAGAUAGAGCUUCCUGAUGAUGGUUCACGGCAAGCUUCUUCUUCACCUUACUCUGGAAAAGCCAAGGCUGUUUCUGAAUGUGGUAUUGGUGGAGACAUGUAUGAUCCUUUUGUAGACAGCUUUGAACCAGCUUCUGUGGAAUUAGAUUGUGUUCAAGAGCAUGAACCAGUACCAAAGGCGAGCGUUUCUUCCAACAGACCGCUCAGUAUGGAAGAAAACAUUCAAGGUGUUGAUAAACAAGCUCUGAGUGAGUCAGACAUGACAGCUCGGGUCAGUGUUUCCUCUAACAAACCACCUGAUGUUGAAGAUGAAAACACCACUACAGGAAAUGAUAUUGGAGUUGUUGUCUCUGGAGAGAAUGAUGAGUUUUGUGAGAAUGCGGAGAUUGGAAGAGAAUGUAACAGCCAUGAGACUGUGACUCCGAACUCCCAUAACGAGGAUAUGAAGGUAGAGCACAAUGUACAUGAAGGUGAUGAUGACAUGAGGAAAAAGUCUGGAGAGAAAACAAAGGAGAAGGAUUCGUCAAGGUCCAUGAAGCUUUUCAAAGUCGUGCUUACAAAAUUCGUCAAGGAUCUUUUGAAACCAUCGUGGAGACAAGGGAACAUGAGCAAAGAGGCGUUUAAGACUAUUGUUAAGAGAGUUGUGGAUAAAGUGUCGAAUUCAAUGGAGGGUCAUCGUAUACCCAAAUCAAGAGCUAAGAUCGAUAGGUACAUUGACACUUCACGGCAGAAGCUGACUAAACUGGUUAUGGGUUAUGUAGACAAAUAUGUCAAAGCAUAGAAGAUAAGAGAAUCAAAGGGGAUUUCCCAUAACACAGCUUUCUGCAGCUGGAGAAGAUUAGACCUUUUGUCUUGUCUGCAAACGAUGUUUAGUCAGAAUUGUUCUUCUACGGUUGUGAGUUUUACAAUGUAAAUGAAGAAUCCAUCAUUUUUAAAACAGAGUAGUUGAAACGCUUGUCUGAUCCUAAA